AUGCGUGGCCCCCAUCCAUGCGCGCAGGUGUUUUGGAAGCUGGACCGGGUGGAGAGCAGCGCGCGCAUGAGGCGGCGCAUGGUGCGCAACUACCGCGGCUCCGACUGCCACGGCCUCGCUGCUGACUUCCGCCCCCCCCCUCACGACCCCCCGCCCGCUGCCAAGCGCGCACGCUCCCAGGGGGACGCGGAUGGGGUAGAUGGGGUAGAGAAGGGGGUGGGGGCAGGGACGGUGGGCCUGCAGGAGGGGGGGGGUGUGGGGGUUGAAGGAAAGGCACGCGAGGAGGAUGGGGAGGGAGAGGGGGUUGCAGUGGGAGGAGGGGCGGGUAGUGAGGGUGUGGGUGUAGAUGGGGAGGGGAAGGAUGAGGCGAAGGAAGGGGUGCUGGAGGGGAAUGGCGCAGGGGAUGUGGAGGGGGUGGGAGGGGCAAUAGUGGAAGAUGCAUCGGGGCUGCUGGGCGGCUGCCUGCCCGCCCCUGUGAAAGACUUCGAUGCUCCCGUGCCGAUGAGCGCGGAUGAGGAGGGUCCGGAAGGGGAGGCCGAGACGGACAGAGCGGAGGGGGAGGGUGGAGAAGGUGAGGAGACGGAGGGGGCACGAGAUGCAGCAGAGGGGGGUGGUGAAGGCGUGACAGCAGCAGAGGGGGGUGGUGAAGGCGUGACAGCAGCAGAGGGGGGUGGUGAAGUUGGGGGUGGUGCUGUGGAGCAUGCGGUGUUGGAAGGUGGUGUGAAGCACACGCCAGGUGCCGAUGAUACUCUGGGGGCGAACGAUGCUGAGCCAGGAAAAACGGAAUUUGCUGCUGAGUCAGACGCAAAGGGUGGCGACUCAUCAGAAGCAAGAGUGUCGGCAGUCGAGGAGGGGGCGAGUGCAGCAGGGGAGGAGGGUGGGGAUGGAGGAGGCAGCAAGCAGGCAGAGGGAGGCGAGGUGGCUUCUGAACCAACAAGCCACGCAGCUUCAGCCUCCUCGCCUGAGCCUCCCUCCACCACCGCCACCACCACCGCCAGCACCACCGCCAGCACCACCGGCAGCAGCACUAGUGCCAGCAGUGGCACUGCUGGUCCCUCCACUGCUGCUGCUCCUGCCUCUACUGCCACCACCACCUCCUCUACUGCCACAGCAGCAGCAGCAGCAGCAGCACCCCAGGAAGCCCUGGCAGCGUCGGCAGUGGCAGCAGUGGCGUUGGCAGCAGGCGAGCAGGCGGGGCUGUCAGCAGUGGUGAGCAGCAGCGAGGUGGCGGCAGAGGUGGCGGUGGGGGAGAGGGAGCGAGUGGUGGUGGAGGUGCCGGCCAUGAUGGUGCUGCCCCUUCAGGUCCUCCACGGCCGCCUCCUCGUCACUGCCUCUCGCUUGCUCUUCCUCGUUGACCCCUCCGUGCACUUCAAGGAGAGCGCGGCGGGCGACCACGGGAGGGAAGGGGGUGGAGGGGGAAGGGGAGAGGGCGGGGAGGGAGUGGGGGGUAAGAAGGCGCGGGACAGAGUGUGGCGGCUGACAUCCGUGAGGGAGGAAUUCGUCUCAUGUUUGCUGGCCAUGCCUUGCUGCGUCCGCCCUCUGCCGUCCCGUGUCCCCUGCCCCCCGGCAUCACAUCACAUCAGCUAUUUGCUGCGGCGCUCGGCGCUGGAGGUGUUCAUGAUCGACCGCUCCAACUUCUUCUUCAACUUUGAGGGCCCGGAGGAGCGGCUACGAGUGCACCGAGCCAUCGAGCAUGCCAACCCACCGCACCUGCAGCACCACUUCUCCCCCACUCUGCGCCCCGAGAAGAUGCUAGAGCGGCUACAGCUCACUGAGAGAUGGCUCCGCAGGGAGAUCACCAACUUCGACUACCUCAUGCAGCUCAACACCCUGGCGGGCCGCACCUUCAACGAUGUCACCCAGUACCCCGUCUUCCCCUGGGUAAUUCAGGACUAUACCUCAAAGGAGCUCGACCUCACCAACCCAGCCACCUUCAGAGACCUCUCCAAGCCGGUGGGGGCGCUGGAUGCGGGGCGGUUGGAGAAGUUUGUGGAGCGGUACCACAGCUUUGCGGACCCCGUCAUCCCCAAGUUCCACUACGGCUCGCACUACUCCAGCGCCGGCAUUGUGGCGCACUAUCUGCUGCGAGUGGAGCCGUACACGUCGCUUGCCCUGGCCCUGCAGGGCGGGCAGUUUGACCACCCCGACCGCCUCUUCCUGGACGUGGCUGCCACGUGGCGGGGAGUCACCUCCGACAUGAGCGAUGUCAAGGAGCUGAUCCCGGAGUGGUUCUGUCUGCCGGAGAUGUUCACCAACAUCAACGGGCUGCACCUCGGCUCCACCCAAAAGGGCCACGUCAUCGGGGACGUGAAGCUGCCGCCAUGGGCUGCCAGUGCAGCGGACUUUGUGCGCAAGCAGCGGGCGGCACUGGAGAGCGAGUAUGUCAGCAGCAACCUGCACCAUUGGAUCGACCUCAUCUUCGGGUACAAGCAGAAGGGCAAGGAGGCCCUGGCGGCGCACAACGUGUUCUUCUACGUCACCUAUGAGGGCGCUGUUGACAUCGACUCCAUCACCAACCCCAUCGUGAGGAGGGGCAUGCAGGAUCAGAUUUCCUACUUCGGCCAGACGCCCUCACAGCUGCUCACCACGCCGCACCCACCACGCAUACCGCUGGAGUACGCGCUGCACCUGCACACUGUGUUCCGCAAGCCCGAUGAGAUCCUGCCGUACGUGCUGCCACACCCCGACACCCUCAAUGUCCCCGCCAGCCGCAUCGUCGCCACCUCAGAUGCCAUCGUCACCGUUGAUCUCAAUGCUCCUGCUUGCCACGUGGCGGUGCACCAGUGGCAGCCCAACACCCCGGACGGCCACGGCUGGCCGUUUUUGUUCCAACCCGGGCGGUCUUCCCUGACAGGUAGUGCCAUUCUGCGGAUGCUGACGGGGGCUGCGCUGGGCGGCAAGGGCAGCAACAGCGAGACAUCCCUCUAUCCGCGCCUCGUCGCCCUCCCUGCUCCGGGGAUAAAGCACACGUCAACAGCAGCAGGCGCGGUGGGAGGGGGAGGGGAAGGGGGAUCUGGUGGGGGAAAGGAGAUCAUAGCGAUUUCCCCGGACGGCAAGUUUCUGUUCACGGGCGGGCAUGCGGAUUUCUCUGUGAAGCUGGUGUCAGUGGACUCGACUCGCGUGCUGGAGACCGCUGCUGUGCAUGGCGGCCCCGUGACCUGCCUCGCCCUCUCCCCUGAUGGCGCCACUCUCGCCACCGGCGCCACGGACGGGGUGGUGCUGCUGUGGCGAGUCAACCACGCCACCGCGCCCUUCCCUUCCUCCCCUGCCGCCGGGGUCACGGCUGGCCUCGUGGCUGCUGGCGCGGGGGCGGGGGGGCGUGUGGCCAGGCGCAGCACUGCAGCACCCACGGGCCCGCACGACCCUGCUCUGGCUGCUGCCGCUGCAGCGGUGUCGGCUAGCGAGGAGCGAGCAGGCAGCAUGGCAGUGGGAGGAGCGGAUUACCCCGAGCGGGGAGGCGGGGGUGGCAUGUCGGAGGCGGCACUGCUGCUGAGCGCAGCCGGGGGCAUGGGCGGGGCGGGGGGGCUGGAGGCGCCGAGGAAGUGGCGGCGCAUGGAAGGCCCCGUGCAGGUGCUGCGGGGCCACUUGGACACGAUCCUGUGCUGCGCCGUGUCUUCGGACCUCGACCUCGUUGCCUCCUCCUCCCGCUCCCGCGGUGUGCUCCUCCAUUCCCUCAUGAAGGGCCGCUUCCUGCGCCACCUGCCGGGGGUGGGGCCGGCGGACCUGCUCGCCAUCUCUCCGGAAGGGGUGGUGGUGGUGUGGGAGCGGCGGCAGCGGGCGCUGCGGGCGUUCACGAUCAACGGAGCGGCGGUGGCGGGAGUGAGGAUAUCGGAGGAGGAUGGCGAUGUGAGCAGCGUGCAGGUGUCGAGCAACGGGCUGUUUGUGGCCGUGGGCACGGACUGCAGCCGCUGGCGGCAUGUGCGGGAGAAGGAACGGCAGAAGGAGAGGGAGCGUGCUGCUGUGAUUGCCGGGGAGAAGGUGGGGCUGGGGAAGGCUGGGAGCUUCAAAGAGGAUGCGGGGCGCCGGAGGGAUGAUGGGGGUGAGAAGGGCGAGGGAGGGGAGUUGGAAGGGGAGAAAGGGGAGGCGGGCCGUGGGCAGGGGGAAAGAGGAGGGGAGGUAGGCGAGGGGGGGAAUUCAGGCGAGGAGAGGAGGGAGGGAGAGGGCGAGAGGAGGGAGGGUGGGGAGGUUGAGGGAGAGGGUGGAGGGGCGGCAGCAGGGGAGGGUGGUGCACUGCCGGACUGGCGGAACACGGACGAAGGGGGGUCACGGAAGGAGCGCGGAUCAGCGGUCUCACUUCUUGACCUCUUCUCCCUCAAGGCGCUGUGUCGCUUCAAGCUGCCGGAGGGCACGGAUGUGACGGCGCUGGCACUGUCAGCGGACAACACCAACCUGCUCUGCUCCACCUCCGCUCACCUCGCCCCCGGCCAACUCAUCCUCUACAGCAACCCCCUGCUGAGUGUGAAGAUGGUGGAUCAGAUGCUGCGCCUGGGCUGGGAGGGCACAGUCCGUCCGAGUACUGCCUUAGCGUCGCGCCCUCGCUGUGUGCUCUGCUCGCCCUGCCUAGUCCAUGCGCGCCCGUCGCUGCCCUCCCCACGCCGAUCCGCGCGCGCCCAUGCCGACUCCUCCAUCGUCGCACUGCCCUCGCUGAUGCUCGUCGCACAACGGUGGGCGAUCGCUCAACGCCUUCGCAGCCAUGAUCGUCGCGAGAGCCACUCCGCCAGCAUGCCGCGCUCCCCUCCACCGCCUAGAGGCCACUCGUUAGUCGCGCGCUCGCGGUCAAACUUGUCGCACGGCGUCGCGAGCUUCAGCCCGUCGCAGCGAUUCAGCCUGCGAGCAGCCAGCGUUGUCGUCGCUCUCCUCGCGUUGCUCGCGCUUGCAUCGCCCCGCCCGUGCGCCGCGCGACGACCGCUCGGCUUUAAAGUGCAUCAACCGCCGAUUGGCGAAGAGAAGAAAGGGGGCGGAAACAAGGGUGGGGGAAACAAGGGCGGGGGGAACAAGGGCGGGGGGAACAACGGCGGGGGGAACGGGGGGGGGAACAACGGCGGGGGAAACAACGGCGGGGGAAACAAGGGGGGCGGAAAGGGUGGGGGGGAUAAAGGGGGCCCUGUGAAGGGCAUCGGGCUUCAACCCUUGUCGUGUUACUUCGCCACCAAGGCGUGCGACUUCGUGUUCAACCGGUCGGCGUCGCUGGCGCCCAUCCUGCCGCUCGUCGCCAUGCGCCCCGACCAGCCCAUCUCCUCCGCCAUCCUCCACAA